AUGGCUUCAGCUUUCUCUGCAACCAAAAUCAUACAACCCUUACCCCUCAACACCACCCUUACCAGAUCUCCCGAGAAUGCUCUCUUUCAUCCUCGCAAAACCACCCCUUCCUCUUUUCUCGGAACAACCCACAAGCUCCGUCUCCACGAACCCAAUUCAGCUCGCUUCGCGAAACGUCGAUCCGCCACUGUGGUGGCCGUCUCCGAUGUCGUCAAGGAAAAGAAGCUCAAAUCCAACACCUCCCUCUCUAAUCUGCUCAUUACUAAAGAAGAAGGCUUGGAACUCUAUGAGGACAUGGUUUUGGGCAGAGGCUUCGAAGACAUGUGUGCCCAGAUGUAUUACAGGGGCAAAAUGUUUGGAUUCGUCCAUUUAUACAAUGGCCAAGAAGCCGUCUCCACUGGGUUCAUCAAGCUCUUGAAGAAGGAAGAUUGCGUGGUCAGCACGUACCGCGAUCACGUUCACGCUUUGAGCAAAGGGGUGCCUGCUCGUGCCGUGAUGAGCGAGCUCUUCGGCAAGACCACUGGCUGUUGCCGAGGCCAAGGUGGGUCUAUGCAUAUGUUCUCCAAAGAGCACAACCUUCUUGGGGGUUUUGCAUUUAUUGGGGAAGGAAUCCCGGUGGCUACCGGGGCGGCCUUCACUAGUAAGUACAGGAGGGAGGUCUUGAAAGAGGCUGAUUGUGACCAUGUGACUUUGGCUUUUUUUGGGGAUGGCACUUGCAACAAUGGGCAGUUCUUUGAGUGCUUGAACAUGGCUGCAUUGUGGAAAUUGCCAAUUGUGUUUGUUGUGGAGAACAAUUUGUGGGCUAUUGGGAUGUCCCAUUUGAGGGCCACGUCUGAUCCGGAGAUUUAUAAGAAGGGUCCGGCGUUUGGGAUGCCUGGGGUUCAUGUUGAUGGGAUGGAUGUCUUGAAGGUAAGGGAGGUGGCUAAGGAGGCUAUUUCCAGGGCUAGGAGAGGAGAUGGCCCAACUUUGGUUGAAUGUGAGACUUACAGGUUUAGAGGACACUCUUUGGCUGAUCCCGAUGAGCUGCGUGACCCUGCUGAGAAGGCUCACUAUGCUGCUCGAGAUCCCAUCACAGGAUUGAAGAAUUACAUGAUUGAAAACAAUCUGGCCAGUGAAGCAGAAUUAAAGGCCAUAGUGAAGAAGAUAGAGGAGUUGGUUGAGAAUGCUGUUGAGUUUGCAGAUGAGAGCCCUGCUCCAUCUCGUAGCCAGCUUCUGGAGAAUGUAUUUGCAGAUCCAAGAGGUUUUGGAAUUGGAGCUGAUGGUAGGUAUAGAUGCGAGGAUCCCAAGUUUACCGAAGGCACUGCUCAUGUCUAACCCCUGAAGACCGGUUGUCCAUUGACACUUAGAGCUGGUUUCCAAUACUUCAAGGAGGGAUGCAUGGUUCCGUUUUAUCUAUUAGUUGGUGCGCACGUGCGUUGCACGUGGACUAUUAUCAUAUUAAUUUUU